GUGAGGGCCAGCAGGAGCCGGGGAGAUUCUUCCUGGCGCUCUUCCUCCGGGAGGAUGUCAAAAGACCAUUUCAGCAAGAACGAGUAUCUUUCAAACAGAAAUGUUCUAGCUUCCAUCCAAACCUGUGAAGGUCUGACCCUCAAAUUGAUAAGUGGAGAUGUUCAGUUUCUCAGGGCCGAUGUCAUUGUCAACACUGUUCCCACGGAUCUUCAGCUUGGAGGAGGACCACUAUCUCUGGCUCUUUUGGAGAAAGCUGGUCUGGAUCUCCAGAAGGAGUUAAAUGCCACCACACAGCAAACAUACGAGAAAGUGGGUAGUAUGUUCAUGACAAGUGGCUGUGAUCUAGACUGCAAAGCAGUACUCCACGUCGUGGCUCCAAGCUGGAAUAACGGAGCAGGGGCUUCUGAGCAGAUCAUGGCAAAUAUCAUCAAGACGUGUUUGAGGACUGUAGAAGAACAAAGUUUCUCAUCGAUCACAUUUCCCCUGAUUGGAACUGGAAAUUUGAAGUUUCCCAAAGCUACUUUUGCUGAACUAAUCUUUUCAGAAGUGUUCAAAUUUAGUAGCAGUUCUUGGCAGAAAACCUUAAAAGAAAUUCACAUUCUGGUAUAUACAUGUGAUGAGAAAGGCCGUCAGGUAUUUUUAGAUGAAUUUGCUAGACGGUCAGGUGGAAAUCCCAACAAGGACAAGAUUUUCAUGGCUAGAGAUACCCAAGGUAUCUUCAAGACUGACUCUAAUCCUGCAUCUUCAAUGUAUCAAAUGAAAAUUGGUGCAGUUACUUUCCAGGUUGCUACUGGAGAUAUCACCAGAGAAAAUGUAGAUGUUAUUGUAAACUCAACAACAAGGACAUUUAAUCUGAAAUCAGGUGUGUCAAAGGCAAUUUUAGAAGGUGCUGGACAGGACGUGCAAUAUGAGUGUGCUAUACUAGCUGCACAGCCUCACAGAGAUUUUAUAAUUACACAAAGUGGAAACUUAAACUGCAAAAUAAUAAUGCACGUUCUUGGAGAAAACAAUGUCAGGAAAACAGUCUCCACCGUUCUAGAAGAGUGUGAACAGAGGAAAUACACAUCAGUUUCACUUCCAGCCAUUGGGACAGGAAUGGCUGGGAAAAGUCCAACCGAAGUUGCUGAUAACAUAAUCGAUGCCAUUGUAGACUUCACACGGAAACACUCCACCCCAUCAUUAAAAACAGUUAAGGUUGUCAUCUUUCUAGAUAAGCUGCUCCCUGUAUUCCACGACUGCAUGAAAAAAAGAAACAUCUCUGCAUCACCUAACUUCUUGCCUGACAUGUCUUUGACUACCAAUAAUAUUCCUGAACACUGGACUGCCAUGAAUCAUCAGCUGUAUUGUGUGGUCCCGCUGCAGCCUGGACAAUCAGAAUAUAACACUGUGGAGGACAAGUUCACUGAGACUUGUUCUUUACUGAUAGAGAAGAUUGAGAGAAUACAGAAUGAAUUUCUCUGGCAGAGCUACCAGCUGAAGAAAAAGCACAUGGAGAACAAGAAUGGCCAUACUAAUAAUGAGAGGCUCCUCUUCCAUGGGACAGAUGCAGCCUCAGUGCCACUUAUCAAUCAACACGGCUUUAAUCGCAGUCUGGCUGGGAAGAGAGCUACAGCCUAUGGAAAGGGAACCUAUUUUGCUGUUGAUGCCAGAUACUCUGCUCAAGACAUGUACUCUACUCCAGACAGCAGUGGGAGAAAGCAUAUGUACCUUGUGCGAGUGCUGACUGGAGAUUACACAAAUGGCAAAGCAGAAUUAGUUACCCCUCCCCCAAAGAAUCAUUUCAAUCCCACAGAUCUCUUUGACUCUGUCACAGAUGAUAUACAUUACCCACAGAUGUUUGUGGUAUUCUCUGAUAACCAGGCUUAUCCAGAAUAUCUCAUAACUUUCAGACGUUAAAAAAUACAUCUUAAUACCAAAGAGAUGAUUUAGUAAUCUAUGUAUAAGAAUAAUUUACAGAGUCCUUUAUCUUUGCCUUUGGUUUGUUUAUCCAGAUAAAUUUUCCUUUUU